AUGGAGCCGUUGUUGAAUACCAAUGGAGUUACCGAGACCCUGCGACCAACAGCUAAUAUACUGCGUUAUAUUGGGGGAGCUACGCUUCGUGAGCCGAAGAAGCUAGAUGCGGAACUUGAUGCCUUAUUGAACAAACGUCCCCAAACCGUCCUUUUUUCAUUGGGGUCAAUUUCCCUCUCGAAAGACAUGCCCAUGAAAUUGAAGCAAGCAGUUUCACCAAGGGAAGAUUACAAACAGGACAUCAAACACCUCUAUGAGCUCGAAUCUCUUGGUUUGAAGACCGAAAGCGAUCCCGAUGAAGCAUCCAUAAUCAAGUUCAUGGAUACCUAUAGAAGAACAAUCAUUAUCAAAGAAGGCACAAUCACAGCAGGAUUCCCCUUCAAUGAAAACGUCAGCAAACUCAAAGACAACUUCAACAUUGCUUUUCGCCGCCUACAGGCACUCCUUCGAACGCUUCGAGGUGAUGCAAAAAAGCUUCAACUUUACAACACCACGAUCGAAGACUACACCAGGGAAGGAAUCAUUGAGGAAUGUACCUCACAACCAACUGGACACAUCGAAGAGGAGGAUACCCCAAUUGGAAAGGAACUAUCCAAAUCUCUGUAUGUCGACAAUGUGCUACUAGAAGGCAACAAUCCGCAAGAACUGAUCGAGAAAUACAGUUCUUCAAAACAAGUGUUCUCUUCCAUCGGCAUGAAUCUUCGCGACUACUUGUCAGACUCUGCUGAAGUGAACGCACAAAUCAAGGACGUGGAUAGAGCAAAAAACUGCGAACUCAAAGUGCUCGGAAUCAAGUGGAAAGCUGACGAUGACACCUUGAUCAUGGAAUGUGCAGACAAAGAGCAAGUCAAGAUCACCAAAAGAUCUGUACUCAGCCAGAUAAACGGAUUCUGCUUCGACCCACUCGGACUGCUCACACCACUGAUGAUACCGGCAAAGAUAUUCCUACAGGAUAUACACAAGCUAAAGUUAGGAUGGGACACCAUUCUUCCUGAGGAGCAAAUUCAACGAUGGAAGGCCAUCCAGGGUGACAUCGUCGGAUUCAAGAAAGCCAUACCACGCACAGUGCUUAACAAGACUCCCGAGGCCAAAUAUAUACUUUCUAUAUUUGUUGACAGUUCCAAGCGAGCUUACGCUUGCUGUCUUUAUACGACUACAUCAGCGAAGAAUGGUAUGAAGAGCACAUCACUCUUUACGGCAAAAGCGAAAGUGGCGCCCAUCAAGAAGGAACAAACCAUUCCGAGGCUAGAACUGCUGUCAAUAUUCCUCGGAGACUAUCUGUAG